AUGUAUAUUAUAUAUACUUCUUAUCCUGAAGAAUCAGAAGAAGGUCGUGAUAGUCUUGCUGUUAUAUCAGAUGAAAGGUUGAAAUGGAUCACUAAACUUAUAGAAAGUAACCAAAUUACCCUUUUGCAUAGUCCUCCAUCAUCAGGAAAGAGUACCCUUGGACAACUUCUUCAAGACUUUUUUGAAAAUUGUGGUAAUGAUAGUAUAUACAUUACUCUUGCUGGUAUAUCUGGUAAAGCAGAAAUACAUGAUGAAAACCUAUUUGACAAAUUUUGGAAAAAUGAAGUUCAUUAUACUUUGACAGAAAUCAGUAAAUGGGAAAAGACUAUUUAUGCAUUCAUUGAUGAGAUACAGAUUAUAUAUAAUGAUGGUACACCAUUCUUUUGGGGUACUCUGAAGGCACUUUUAUCAAGACAUCAAAAUAUUCAUAUAAUUUUGCUUGGAACAUACCAACCAAGUCAUUAUCAUCUAGCAACACCUAUUCAAAUUAGCAAUACACUUGGUCUGAAUGCUCUACUUCUAACAUGGGAUGAAACCAAAUGGCUUAUAAUGAACUAUAUUCAGAGACAUGCUAUUUUAGGUAGCCCAAGUUUCAACAUUCCUGAACAAGUUCAGGAAGCAAUCUUUAGUCUCACUGGUGGACAUCCUGAUAGUGUAAUAACAACCACACAUGCUUUUUACUGGCUUCAUGAUUGUAAACUAACUGAGGAAGAAUCUAAAUUUAUUCGUGGAAAGCUACUUAAUCAACCUAAUGUUCCCUUUUCUGCUAACUAUGCUUCAAAUCCUAUUGUUGAGAAAUUUGUUAAGAUAGGCCUUUUCUCUGUGACUGACUCUAAUCAACUACAAUUUUCUGCACCCAUAAUGUGA